AGGAUUUGGGGCUCCUGACAGUCUGGAGUUACUUGUGCCCCCAGUCUUCUCUGCCAGCAUGGGUCAAGGAGAAUUAUUUUAUAUCCCUUGUGGGCCUGGAGGUCACUGGUUUCAGCAAGGUGGUUCUUUCUCACGGCCCCUCACACAGUUGGAAUCAGACAGUGGCUUCCUCAUAUUGUGAGCAGCUGAUGCAGGAACCUCCACUGGGUUAGGGCCAGCUUCAUGGGAUGCAACCAGGGCAGCUACACAAGGCUCUAUCUUAGAAGAGCUCUGUGCUUAGUUUAAUGCUCUAUUGGCACCAUUCAAAUUCUUAAUUUUUGAGCAAGAGACCCUGCAUUUUCAUUUUGCAUAGGACACUGUAGAGUAGGUAGCUCGUGUUAACUGGGGCUGUUGGUUACAACAUCUACACAUGGCCUUUCCAUGUGGACUGGCUUUCCCGCAUCAUGAUGGCUGGAUUCCAAGUGUGAGAGUUUCAAGAGAGAACCAGGCAGAAGCAGCAUCACCUUUUAUGACUAAAUCUAAGUCCUCUUCUUAGAGAGAUGUUGACAAGGUCACAGUGUAAGAAGAGCAUGUGGGAUGGGAGAUACUGUCACAGUUGUCUUUGGAAAAUGCAGUUAGCCACAUCCAGCUCUGAGUGGGUCACCUCCCCAUCCUGGCUUCAACCUCCCCAUCUGUAGAAAGGGCCUGGGGUUCAGUUCCCCUCUGACAAAAGGGCCAAGGGAGAAUUGGGAAUUUGAUCCUCACAGCCCUUGUUAGCUUCUCCCCUCCCAUCCCUUACCAAGUACUCAGAGGAGUUGGGACCAGGGGCGAUGGGAACAGGAGCCCAAUCCAGAGGCUAUAAAGGUCUACUUCCCUAGAGGGCUGAAAUCUCUGAGGAAGGUGGACUCAGGGCCCUGACAUAUGUUUCUCCUGCCAGCAUCUCUGCUUGGCUCCAUUCCUCCUCUCAUUUCUCCCUGGGGCAGGUUAUUGUCUUAAUCAUUAACUUCCCUUCAACUCCCAGCAAGGUCCCUAGACUCCAAACGCUACUAAUCCCCUUGCUUUCACUAGCAAACCUGGAAGCUAAUUAAACUGCAAGUUUGUGUGUGCUUGCUCUCUGUCAGUUUCUGAACCUCUCUUCCCAGUCUCUCUCCCAGCUCUCUUCUCUUCCUGUGAUGCCUUUCUUACUAGUCCUGUGUAGUUCAGAUUCACCUGGACACUCAGUGUCUCCCACAGAUCUCCCUGCCUCUUCACUCCUCUGUCUUCUGACUUUCACUCUGCAGCCCCAGUGAUCUUAAAACACAGCUCUGAGCCCUACCUCUGCUGGAUAAACUGAGUUCUUCAGCUGGGCAUGUAAGCCCUACACACCGUAACUGCCAUAACUUCCCUUCACAAAUCCUUCCCUCCUGAACUGAGUCAUUGCAGUCCCCUCCCCAAACCCCAUCUAUGCCACCUCCACACCUGCAUCCUUCCCCUUCACUUUACCUCGCUAUGUCAAAUCUUCACCAUGAUUUAGAAAUAACCUCCUUUGUGUCACCUUCCCUGAUUCUCAUAAAGGAGACCCCACAGAGGUCCCUCACCCCCUCCCCAUGUAAGGAUGUAGAUCUGACCAGAAGAAGGCCCUCACCUUUCCUACCACCCCACCCCACCACUCUAGUCCCCUGAUCUUGGACUUCUGGCCUCCAGAACUGAAAGCAAUAAACUGUUCCUGUUUAUAAGCUCCCCCCACCAUCAUCACCAUUUUACAGUUGAACAAGUAAGGCUCAGAGAGCAUCAGAGAAUUAGGGAGUCUGCAGAGCAUAGUGGUUGAGGAUGAGAUUUUGGAGCUUGACAGACUUGGGUUUGAAUCCUGCCCCUGAACUAACCUCUUAAUUCCUCAUUUGUAAAAGUUGGUGAAUGACAUCUACUUCAGGGGAUGUUAAGAAAAUUCAAUAAGGUAGUGGAUGUGAAAAUCACUUAACUCGGUCUGAGACAUAGUUGUCAUUCAUUGCCAUAGAUUGGGUUCCCUCACAAGCAGACCUUGACACAAAGAUUUGGGGGCCAAUAGCCUAGGAGGUGAUCCCAAGAAGCAGGUUGAGAGGAUAGGGAAGUGAUUCAGUGACGGGAGGCAGGCAUGUAACGCAUACGGAUAUAAGUAGCUUCUCACCACGGACAGCUUCUGUUUAAUUCUCUCCGAGACUGGAACAUGCCUGGAAAUCGGGAAUUGUCCCACUGAGGGACCAAAUCCUAGAGUAUUUAUCCACUCACUCUGGAUGCUGCUUGGUUGAGGGUUACUCUGGGGAUGUUAAUUCUGCCUCUCACUUACACAACCAAGAAGGCCUCCAGAGACAGGGGAAGCACAGCAAGUUCAGGAACUGUCUGCAGGCGACCUCUGGGGGUCUGAGUGGGGCACUGGUGUCGCCUGCCUCAGCCACCUGUCUCCACACCCCCACCCUGACUUCCUGACUUCUCUUGUGAAACUUUUUGCAGCCCCAGGGAAAAGGUCAAAUGGCUUUCAGCCUGUGCCAGGCCCCCAUUGAGAUUUUAUGGUCCCACAUGGAGUGUCCUGCUGUCCUUUCCCUCCUCUUCCGGUUGGAAUCACACCUUCAAAUGGCCCCUUCAGGAUGGCAGCCCCACCCUGAUGGUCCAGAAGAGGAAUCAUGCCCUAAGAAGGGUUGUAGGUACCACAGGUCAGCUUCCUACCUUCCCGGCCCUCCUGUAUAUCCCUGUGUGGCUUGUCCCCUACCAUCACCCUGGCCUCACACCCUCCUCAUGGACCUGUGGCCCAAGCUUUGCAAACUGGUGAAGAGAUAGCUGUAACCUGAUGGGCUAAACAGCUGAUUCACCCUUUGCCCCCAAUACCUUCUUGCCCCCCAUGAAAUGUCUCCAUUCAUUUCUUUCCAUUAAGGCACAUAUUCAUCAUCCACCUGACAUCCUCAAGAAAACUGCAUGAGCCAGUCAUUGUUAUCAGCACCUCCAUGAGGGUCAUUAGCCUAACUAGGUGACUGGGUUCUCAAGAGUUCCAGCAGGAAAGUUCUAGAGGGUAGGUUUCAUGGAGCACCAGGCUUCUCUAGGACCAGGGAGAAGGUCUGUGGCAAAGCCAGGACUAGAGCCCAGGCCUCCCUAGCACACCAGGGGCAGGUGGAGGGUGCCAAUUCCUGGCAGCUGAGAGUUGGGCUCAUCAAAAGCCAGACACAAAAUCAACAUCUACUGAGUGCCAGGCAGGUUGGCACUGCACAGCUGUCCUGAGAGAACAGCAACCCAAGCUCCCUGUGGUGGGUGUCCAAGCCAAGAAUAGAAGCCAUUGAAGGGGCCCCUGCCUCCCCACGCCUCGCUGUUCCGCGCCCACCCCGGGGACCCAGCGCCCCGCCGCCGCCGCCUCGGGACCCGGAGGAGCAGCCCGAGCCCCCGCCACUCCCGCCAGGCCGGUCCCCGCCGCAGCGCGGGCGGGCGGUGCGCAGCCCCGGAGCCCGCAGCUGAAUCACCGGCUGGGCGCGAACCCGCUCCGACCGCCGCCCCCAGCCAGGUACCAUGUUGCUGCUCCUGGUGGGCCUGCUGGGCCCGGCUGCCAGUUGGGCACUGGGCCCAGUGCCAGGCUCAGUGGAGCUGCGAUCGGCCUUCUCGGCUGCGCGCACCAGUCCGCUGGAGGGCACGUCAGAGAUGGCGGUGACCUUCGACAAAGUGUAUGUGAACAUCGGGGGAGAUUUCGAUGCGGCCACGGGCCGGUUCCGCUGCCGCGUGCCAGGCACCUAUUUCUUUUCCCUCACCGCUGCUAAGGCCCCGCAUAAGAGCCUGUCGGUGAUGUUGGUGCGCAACCGCGACGAGGUGCAGGCGCUGGCCUUCGAUGAGCAGCGGCGGCCGGGUGCGCAGCGCGCAGCCAGUCAGAGCGCCAUGCUGCAGCUCGACUACGGUGACACGGUGUGGCUGCGGCUGCCCGGCGCCCCGCGGUACGCGCUUGGCGCUCCUGGCGCCACCUUCAGCGGCUACCUGGUGUACGCCGACGCCGACGCGCCUGCGCGCGGGCCGCCCGGGUCCCCGGAGCCGCGCUCGGCCUUCUCCGCAGCGCGCACGCGCAGCUUGGUGGGUUCAGACGCGGGCCCGGGGCCACGACACCGGCCGCUCUCUUUCGACAUUGAGCUUGUCAACAUCGGAGGCGACUUCGACGCUGCGGCCGGGGUGUUCCGCUGCCGCCUGCCGGGCGCCUACUUCUUCUCCUUCACGCUGGGCAAGCUGCCGCGCAAGACGCUGUCGGUGAAGCUGAUGAAGAACCGGGACGAAGUGCAGGCCAUGAUUUACGACAACGCCACAUCGCGGCGCCGCGAGAUGCAGAGCCAGAGCGUGAUGCUGGCGCUGAGGCGCGGCGACGCCAUUUGGCUGCUCAGCCACGACCAUGAUGGCUACGGCGCCUACAGCAACCACGGCAAGUACAUCACCUUCUCCGGCUUCUUGGUGUACCCCGACCUCGUCCCCGCCGUCCUGCCGGGCCUCGGGCCUCCGGAGCUCUGAGCCUCAACAGGGAGAGGAGCCCGGGGGCGUGCAUGCCGAAUUGGCUAGACCCUGGGCUGCGAACGCACCCCCACGCGAGCUUGAUGGCAAGGCUGGACUCUGCCAAUAAAGUGGGCCUGCGCCGGCUCCUGUCUACCCAGAGUCCUGUGCUAUGUUGACUGCGACACUUUUGUGUCGGGUGGUGCAGGAAUGCACUGACUAUUGCAGCAGACGGCGGGAUUUGGUCAGACGGUGCGAGGGUGCGGAGGUGGGAAUUUGAACCCUAGUCGCUUGAUCUCUGUGGA